AUGUGCGCCACCUUCGCUGCCCCCGAGGGCCUGCAGCUGCAGCACUCGGUGGCUGGUGCAGGCGGAGGUACUACUGUUCUUUCAAAGUUCAGCAUUGACUUUGUUGUAGCUCUGCUGAGGCAAGAAAACGCUAAAGACAUCUGUGUGAUCCAGCUACCUCCAGAAAUAAAUUACUGUAAUUAUUUUAUAAUUGUGAGUGGAUCUUCAACACGACAUCUACAUGCAAUGGCACAUUACAUGCUAAAAAUGUACAAGCAUCACAAAGAAGAAAGUGAUCCUCAUACUCGGAUUGAAGGAAAAGAGACAGAUGACUGGCUGUGCAUUGAUUUUGGUAGCAUAGUGAUACACUUCAUGCUGCCAGAGACACGAGAGGCUUAUGAACUGGAGAAGCUGUGGACACUUGGUUCCUAUGAUGACCAGUUAGCACAGAUGACUUCAGAGUCGCUGCCAGAAGACUUUACAUUUGGACUGAUGCCUACCAGCAGUGAUCAUCUUGAGACAAGAACUUAA